UUCUUCAGGACUCUGAAACCAUUCUGAGAAUAGAUUAUUCUGUCACCACUAUAUGCGAUUUUCAGUCUGCCACCGCUGAAUCUGUUGUUCUCAACUGAGGUCCGUGUGAACAUACACGCUUCAUGAUCUUCUGUGCCACCAAGGCUUUGUCGCAGAAAGGGCACCUCCGUCUUGACUGAGUACACCUUCUUGCCGUGUGAUCAUAUCAUUAUGCUUCCCGAUGAUGCACCACGUUCAACCUCGCAGCAACGCGACGGUGACGACUCUCCUUAUACCGAAGAUGGCGAAAUCAGUGACCGUGCCGCUUCCCCAUCCACUUCAACAAAACCCGUGACAGACAACAAAGAAACAGCAGCACCUCCUCUACCGCGAAAUGAAGAGCCUCCGCCACUGCCAGAGGAAGCGCCUCCGUUCAUACCUGUGGAUGAUGGUUGGGAUCCAGUAUGGGAUGACGGAGCUCAAGCGUUCUACUUCUACAACCGGUUUACACAACUCUCGCAGUGGGACAAUCCAAGGAUACCAGAUGCGCAGCAAGCAGGCCCGCCUGGUGUUGCGAACCACGACAGGUUAGAACCUCCUACCAACGCUCCGCCAGCGAGAAAGGUUGGCGGAUAUGAUCCAGCAAUUCAUGGCGACUACGACCCAAAUGCCGACUAUGCAAAGGUCUACGAGACUCAAGAAGAGACAAAUGCUGUGGGUGCUGCCCCAGGAACGGACCCGGCGGAAGCGUACGCCGCAACCGGACAUUUCAAUCGGUUCACGGGCAAAUGGCAGGCUGCAGAUUUGAAUCCAGAAAAAUUCAGCGACGAGCAGAAGAGUCGACGGCAAAUGAAUGCUUUCUUUGACGUGGACGCGGCGGCAAACACUCAUGACGGCAGGAGUUUACGAGCGGAACGGGCAAACAAAAAGUUGACCAAGACCGAGUUGAAAGCGUUCAAGGAGAAGCGAAGAGAAAAGAAAGAAGAGAAACGCCGCGCAUGGCUAAGGGAUUGAUAAUAUGCCAAUCGUAGGGAGAAUACCAGAUUGGAAAGGAAGGUCUGCUCUAUGAGUACUGGUAGAGGUAGAGAGCCCCAGAGCGCCGCCAUAAUUGCAAUUACAUGUAAAGAUCCGCAUGCGCAAGGCUGUGCCCAAAAAUGCGAGCCUUGCGAAACAUCCCAC